AUGGCUACCGAAAAUUUUACUCAUACUCUUCGUCUUUUCUUUGAUGGAACAGAUUAUCCUAAUUGGAAAUUCCGUAUGGAAAACUAUCUUGAUAUGGAUGGUGUGAACUUAUGGCAUAUGGUUCUUGAUGGUUAUGUGGCUCCCACUCAAGAGUUUAAUGGUGGUAUUAUAUCUUGGCCAAGAAAAGAGUGGACCAAGGAUCAUGUUCUAGCUAAUGCUCUCAACCGGAAGGCUAUUUGUGUGAUCAUUUCCUCUUUGUUCAAGAACAAGAAGGUUGAGCUUCUCAUUGGAGAAUAUGAAGGGUUCAAGAACAAGUCAAAUGAGACCGUCACCGAAACUACCAAUAGACUCUUUGGCAUUACCACCAAUCUCAAGAAGCUUGGUAAGCACUAUACUCUUGGUGAAAUCAAUGGAAAAAUUCUUCGUUCAUUGCCUCUCCUUGAUUGGCAACCGAAGAUAACCGCCAUUGAGGAAUCCCAUGACAUAAGGAAUUUGAGAACCGAUGAGCUUAUCGGAAACUUACUUCUUCAUGAGAUGACUUACAUGAAUAAAAUUCAAGAAUUGAAGAAGUCUCAAGAAGAGAAAACUAAGGGAAUUGCUUUGAAGGCUAAAUCGAUUGAAAGUAAGGUUGAAGAGGAGCUUAACGCUAGUGAUGAUGAAGAGAUGGUGCUAUUGUCUAAGAAAGUAAGGGAAUGGAGAACAAGGAAGAAGUCUCAAGUUCAAAAAUAUGAGCAAAAGGAUCGGAAUGUCAACAAGGCAAAGGAAAUCCUUUCAAACGGAAAGAAGGGAUUCAUCACCACUUGUGAUGAUGAAAGUGAUUAUCAAUCCGAUGAAGAUUGCCAAGAAGAGGCAAGAGCAAACCUUUGCUUCAUGGCUCUAGUUGAUGAGUCUCCACUCGAGGUAAGUACUCUACCUUUUAUGUCUUGGGAUGGUGUAGGGAUAGAACCUCAUGGUAGCUCUAGAGAUAUUGUUGUUGUGAAAAAUACCCCGAGUGCCUCUUGUGUUGUAAAUGUUGAAAAUGUGUUGGUUGAUGAUUCCUUGGUUUAUGAGAUUGAUGAUGAAUGUCAUGACAUGAUAAAUGAACUAACUAGCAAAUGUAGUGACUAUCAUGCCAAAAUAAAGUUUUUCAAAAAGGAAGCCUCAAUGGCUAAAAUUGAGAUGCUCAAUUUGAAGAAACAAAUUCAAGACUUUAAGUCCUCUUUAGAAUCUAUCCCUAAGCAAGAUGUCAAUAUUUUGCUUAAGGAAAAUGAAACACUAAAGAGUGAAAUUCUUUCUCGAAAUAGCUCUAUCUCAAGAUUUCACAAAGGGAAGGAAUCUUUGGACAAUCUUCUUGAUUCCCAAAGAAACCCAACUAUAAAAUUUGGGCUUGGCUAUAGUCACAACCCCUCUUCCUCAUGUGUGACUACUUUUGUGAAGGCUUCUUCACCUCAAACUUCUUCUAUAGAAGUUCCUCCUUCCUUGGUCAAACCAAAACAGGUGAAAAAGAGGUAUGCUCAAGCUCCCAAGGCUAAGCCAUUUGUGGCUCCUAAGCCUAAGAGCAAAGUGGGUACAAGACCCCCUAGACAUACCCAUGCUUCUCAAUAUAGUCACAAAUGGGAGAAGAGAAGUAUGAAAAAGAAUCAUGUUCAUUCAUAUCCUUAUGCUCACUCUCAUAACAAUGCUCAUGCAUACACUUAUGAUCACUCUUGUGUACAUUGCUAUGCUCACACAUGUGAGGCUCCUAGAGCCAAGACUUAUCCAUCUUAUGCUCACAUGUCCCCUAGACGUCAAUGUGUUUAUUGCAUGAGAUAUGGUCAUAAGAAUGUGCCAAAGAAAACCGUGUUGGGAAAUGUCACCUUCGGUUAUGAUGCCAAAGGCCAAGUUGUGGGAAUAGGCAAGAUAGGUAACUCUUCUUCUCCUUCUAUAGAAAAUGUGUGGCUUGUUAAUGGUCUAAAACAUAACCUUUUAAGUGUAAGUCAAUUGUGUGAUAAGGGCUAUAAUGUCAACUUCGAUUCCAAGGCUUGCUAUGUUAUCCAACCAAUGGAUAACACGGUUAUCUUCAAAGGAAAUCGAAGACAAAACACUUACAUAAUUGACUUGGAUACGCUUGAAAACCGAGAUGGCAAGUGUUUACUAUCACUUAGCGAUGAAUCUUGGUUGUGGCACCGUAGACUUGGUCAUGCUAGCUUAGACCUCUUAAAUGAGGUUAGCAAGGAUGAACUUGUCAAAGGUUUGCCCAAGCUAAAUUUUUCAAAAGACAAAAAUGAAGCUUUUAACGGUUUUAAGAGUUUUGCAAAACGUGUUCAAAAAGAAAAAGAUUCAUUUAUUUCAAGUAUUCGAAGUGAUCAUGGAACCGAAUUUCAAAAUGAGUCUUUUAAAACCUUUUGUGAAGAAAAUGGUAUUUCUCAUAAUUUCUCUUCUCCUAGAACGCCUCAACAAAAUGGGGUUGUUGAAAGAAAAAACCGCACUUUGGUUAAAAUGGCUCGAUCUAUGCUCAACGAGUAUGACUUACCUCAUUACUUGUGGGCCGAAGCUAUGAACACCGCUUGUUAUGUUUCAAACCGCAUUUUCAAAAGACCUAUUUUGAACAAAACAUCUUAUGAGCUUUGGAUAGGAAGAAAACCCAAGAUAUCGUACUUUAGAGUAUUUGGAUGCAAGUGCUUCAUAUUAAAUACCAAGGAUGAUCUUGGAAAUUUUGACUCCAAAACGGAUGAAGGUGUAUUUUUGGGUUAUGCCUAUAAUAGCAAGUCUUUUAGAGUCUUUAACAAGCGUACUUUAGUUGUUGAAGAGUCCAUGCAUGUGGUAUUUGAUGAGUCCUCCAAGGAAUUUCCGGAAAAGGAUUCGUUUGUUCAUGAUUUUAUAGGUGCAUUUGAGGAUCUCACAAUUGUUGAAAAUCAAGAAAAUCCAACUACUAAUGUAGAGACUCCUCAACAAACUCAAGGAGUGGAUAAAGUGGAAACCGCAUCCCCUCCUCCGAUUCAAUCUCAUGGUAAUACCUAUGAUCUACCCAAGGAUUGGGCUUUCAAGAAAAGUCAUCCACAAGAAUUGAUCAUUGGUGAUGCAUCAAGGGGAGUAAGUACUCGCUCUCACUUUCGUACUUUAGGUAAUCUAGCUUUCCUAUCUCAAUUUGAGCCCACUAAAGUUAGUGAAGCUCUAGUUGAUGAAAAUUGGGUGAUUUCUAUGCAAGAUGAACUCAAUGAAUUCAAAAGUAAUAAAGUUUGGGAGUUAGUCCCUCCUCCAAAUGGUCAAACCAUAAUUGGAACAAAAUGGGCCCGAUUGGUUGCCCAAGGCUAUAACGAAGAGGAAGGCAUUGAUUAUGAAGAGACUUUCGCUCCGGGUGCUCGUUUAGAGGCCAUUCGCAUGCUUUUAGAAUAUGCAUCUUGCAUGAAUUUUAAACUCUUUCAAAUGGAUGUUAAAAGUGCAUUUUUAAACGGUUUUAUAGAGGAGGAAGUUUAUGUUAAACAACCUCCCAGUUUUGAAGAUUUUAAACAUCCCAACUAUGUUUACAAACUCCACAAAGCUUUAUAUGGUUUAAAACAAGCUCCUGGAGCUUGGUAUGAAAGAUUGAGUGGUUUUUUUGCUUAA